CGCGCGCUGUUUCCAAACAUGGCGGUGUUUUGGCUAAUUAUUUUGACAUAUGUGGAAACUUCGUUGUGCUUUGAAGACACGAACACCACAGGAGCAAUAAAUAUAACACUGAGGGAAACGAACGACACGUUUACUUAUUUGGACGAGUCGCUUAAUUUCACGAAACUGGGAUUCAGUCCCUCUCCGUCUUCUUUCCCAGCUCCAACGGCCGAAUCCGUAACAGCAUUCCCGGAUCAGACUGAAACCACGGAGACCUCCAUCCAACACCCGACAACCGAAUCACCGCGAUCCGCCAGAGCAGCACAGCCUCUGCCGCUCUCUGGUGUCCUGCCGACUCCUAAAACUGACGUCUUUCAUUUGUGUCCAUGCAACCUGAAAAGUGAACAGUGUGACAUAAACUGUUGCUGUGAUCCAGACUGCACCGAGGAACUGUCCCUGUUUACUGACUGCUCAGUAGAGAGAGUCAGUAGUGACCCCAGACUGUGCAACCAGGAAGCAGUAGUAUUUUCCCUUAGCACCACAUCAGAAGGUGUAUCUCGUGUGGAAUCCUCUGUCCAGCGAGGCGUCAACCCUGACGUCUUCUGUAUUCAGUCUGCUAACUAUGAGGAAGGCAUGUCAUUUGCAACUCCAAAAAUUCCCACUGAAGAAAAUUUUGACACCCUUUUUGGCCAAUUUUUGGAAUUCUUCUUUGGUCGUUUGUGGGGGAACAGUGCGCUUCAAAAUACCGAUGUGGGAAAUUCUCCAGGAUACCAGUACGGAGAUCUCAUUCAAACAUUGAAUGAAGCUAGAGAGGAGGAAUUUUUCACCCUUCCUGCCUCUGCGGGGACAGCUCACUGCUUAGAUGCAAACCCUGCAGCUUCCCUAAAGGACCAAACAAGCAGGUGUAUGAGGACUUUUGAUUUGGCACGUGAUUGUGCAACACUACAAGCUCUGGAUUUGAGGACCUAUAUUAGCCUCCGCAUCCGUUCUGGAAAGAACAAAGAAGCUAAUGUCAUAGGAGUGGAGGUAGCUGCCAUUACCUUGCAGUCUUUGGAGGGCACACAGACACCAGUAGACCCUACUGAGAUUGCUGCCUAUGUUCCUGUGCUGCUGGAGUCUGGUGACGUCUGCAAUAACGUUGUACUGCAGGUGCAAUACACAUUCAGGUACAGCAAAGCUGGUGAAAUCCUGAAUGUGACUGCAUCAGUUUUGCUGGGAGCCAUUAUAAGUGCCAGGGUGCCCAUACAACAAGAGUUUCAGAUUUUGUUCUUGCAGGAGAUCACGAGCACAGCUGGGUUGCGGUAUAGUGGCAAUCCUGGCUAUGUGGAGGGACUGCCCCUUGUGGCAGGAACAAGGACAGCAGAUGGGAUAGUUCAGACCGCUGACCCAACUGGAUCGCUCACUAUCCUCCAAAAUGCCAGAGAUCAGGAUUGUUUGCUUGGCUCAUCCCGACGUUCCCCUGUUCUGUUUGGUAUAGACAUGGUAUCUGGCUGCACUCUAAGGCUGUCUGAUGCAGUUAACUGUUCUCUGGUAUCUGAAGUCAUUUUAUGGACACUGAAAGGCCAGAACUUCCCUGACCAUGUGGCCUCAUUUGGGAAUUCCCAGCUCCAUAGCCCUCUGGACUGGAUACCAAUACAGAACCAAACCAUUACAGCGGGUACACAGGCUUGCAGCAUACCACUUUCAUACCAUCUAGAAGUAAAAUGGACCAAGUACGGAGCCUUGCUGAAUCCCCAGGCUCAAAUUGUUAGUGUCAUGGAAACAGUCCAUACUAAUACCAGUAGUUUGGCCCUCCUUACCAAUGCUGGUGGUCUUCUGUCUAUCACAAGCUCAGUUAGUUUUGUUGACGUGUCUGCAUCUGCCAGUCCAGGAUUCAAAGUUCCUCCCACAAUUGAUGCCAAACUACCCUUUGACUUCUUCUUUCCAUUUGUAUAAUGUAUAGGAUACUGUAUUGAAAAUGU